ACAAAUUCUUCUCAAUCUUACAAUUUUAUUAGUAUUUCAUGUUUAGUACUUAAGCGUUAACGUAAGAAAUCCGGAGGCCACAUUUCCUUAUCGGAAAACAACCUUCUUCCGUGUCUUUACUCUUACAUAGCACACAUUUUUUUUCCUUGUUUAUUCGCUAAUGUUGAUGUAUACAUGGAUAACACUUGUCUUUAUUGAUUUUUCUAAGUAAGCGGUAGGAACCAUGCACUAUGUCAGCAUAAUAUAGGUCUCAUAUGUCAUGUACGCUGAUUUGAGUAAGAAUUUGUUGCAUACGUAUAUAUAUGUAUGCACAUAUUUAUACACUUUACAUUCAUUUAUCAUGCACAUUUGUACGGCAUACUUGUAUAUUUUGUGUAUGUAAAUCGGGUAUGAUGUGAGUCGCACCAUGCAAGUUCAUGGCUAGCUCGAGUUCUUUUACAAGAAUAGAUAGAGAAAAUUCCAUUGUCCGGAUAAAGAGAAUUAUAUACAGGGAAUCAUAUCACUCCAUGAACAAGACAAGAGAGUAUUAGACAGACAAGCCCCUUAAAAGUAUUGGGCAGGCUGAUAAGGACAACCUAAAUCAGUUGCCGAAAUUGACUCUAUUGGAUUGCAAAGUUUUAAUUAACCGGCACUUCAUGAAAAUGCAGAAUCAAACUCAGGAAUCGACGUACCAUCCGAGAACACUGAUCAUCAGAUGGUGGUGUCUGUGAACAAUUCAGAGCAUCUGACUCAACCUGUAAGAAUGGAAGAAUCAUCGCCUGAUCCGCCAUUCGAACAAACAUACAAGAAUCUCUUCGAUAGCUUAACGGGCACGCCGCAGAAGAAUUUUCAGGAGCUUUCAGCUGUGGAGGAAUGCGAACUUCCGUUGAUCGAUCUCAACCAGUUAAACCUGGGAGAUUCUGAAAGACAGGCAUGCAAGAAGCAGAUUGCUCAGGCCUCGCAAGAAUGGGGUUUCUUCCAGGUGAUCAACCACGGAAUUUCCCGCGAGGUAUUGGGCAAAAUGAGGGAAGAACAGGUGAAGCUCUUCAAGAAGCCGUUCUACGAGAAGACAAACUACAAAGACUUGAACUUCUCCGCUGGAAGUUAUCGAUGGGGAACACCUUCUGCUACUUGCUUGAAGCAGCUCUCCUGGUCAGAAGCUUUUCACGUUUCGUUGAGUGAUGUUUUGGGCUCAGGCGGCCGCAACAGCCUCAGGUCAAUAAUGGAGCAAUUUGCGGUAAUGGUGUCGGAACUAUCACAAAAAUUGGUAGACAUAUUAGCAGAGGAAAUGGGUGAGAAAUCAGGCUUCUUCAAGGAAACAUGUCUGCCCAGCACUUGCUACCUCCGAUUAAAUAGAUACCCACCAUGCCUAAUACAUCCUCAGAUGUUCGGAAUAAUGCCACACACUGACAGCGAUUUCAUCACUGUCUUGCACCAAGACCACAUCGGAGGACUCCAAUUAGUCAAAGACGGCAAGUGGUUUGCCGUUAAACCCAAUCAGGACGCCCUCAUCAUCAACAUUGGAGAUUUGUUUCAGGCAUGGAGCAAUAAUGUGUAUAAAAGCGUGGAACAUAGGGUUGUGGCUAAUCCGGUGAACGAGAGGUACUCCGCUGCCUACUUCUUUUGUCCAUCUUACGACACAGUGAUACAGAGUGGAGUGCAGCCUUGUGUUUACAGAAGCUUUAGCUUUGGAGAGUACCGCGAACAGGUCCAACAAGAUGUCAAGAUUUUUGGACAUAAAAUAGGACUCCCCAGGUUUCUCCUACAAACUCAUUAGACUACCAAAAUUUUGAUCCAAAUUGAGUUUGAUCGGAUCUAAACUAAUUAUAUGGUAAGUGCAAUACACUUGUGGUGUGAUUAGUGUAUAGUUUCAGAUAAAUGACCAAUCACCUGACUGUUAAAAGGAAUUAAUUUGCCAUCUUGGAUAAACUUUUGGAGGUGAAGAGGCAUUCAAAUAUUCAACCUUAAGAAAAAAAAAAGAUUGCAUUGGAAGUACGAUAGAGAUUUAAUAUUUUUGACUAUCCUAUUGUAUUCCUAUAUUCUAGAUUUCUCCAUUGAGUACUAUAAAUAUGUGUAAUGUGUUAUGGCACUGAGGUAAAUGAAAAAGUAAGUAAGAAAGAGAGUGAAGCAUGGAAACAAUAUUUUGUAAGAGAGUGUGCUGUAGCAA